UAUGUGAUGGCCUCAAGAGGGAAAUCAGAAACUUUCAAACUGAGACAGAAUUUAGAAGAACAGUUGGAUCGGUUAAUGCAACAACUUCAAGACCUAGAAGAAUGCAGGAGAAAGUUAGUGACUAAUGAGUAUGAAGAAACCAAGAAGGAAACACUAGAGCAGCUAAAUGAAUUUAACGAUUCACUGAAGAAAAUCAUGUCCGGUAACAUGACUCUGAUAGAUGAGUUAGGCGGAAUGCAGCUGGCAAUACAGGCAGCUAUUAGUCAAGCCUUUAAGACUCCUCAGGUUAUCCGAAUGUUUGUGAAAAAACAGCCUCAGCAACUUCGGACGCGUUUAGCAGAGUUGGAUAGUGAUUUAAUGGUUGGCAAACUAGGAAGAGAUCUAUACACACAGCAGAAAGGGGAGAUCCUGAUUGCAUUGCAGAAACUUGGAGAAAAGAUAUCACCUGAAGAUGAAGCUUUUCUCUCUGAGAAUGCAGGGGCUGUUUUCAACCAAUUCCAGAAGGUCUCUGAAGGAUCAGGAGACAAGGUACUGGCUCUUGCAAGUAUUGAAGUGGAAAAUACAAGGAAAUGAAGAACUGUUGGAAAUAAAGUGAAUACUCUGCU